AUGGCAAGGGAGAUUACGGUGCGGCAGCUGUCUGGAGCAGAAAGAGCAUUUGAAGUGCUGGCAGACGUGACUGUCCGCGAGUUCAAGCGGCAGCUGCACGGGUGGCUGGCCUGCGCAGAUGAAUCACAGCGCAACAUGAGCUCGGUGGAGGUGCUUGUCGGAGACAGGUCCUUGUUGAAUAACGAAGAGAUGUUGUCGGAGGCCAUUUCAGGAGCGGAAGUUCUGGCUUUCCUCAGCAUCAAGCCGGUGAUGUGCUCAAGCUUCUCCACAUCUGGCUGCGAGGUGGAAGAUGUGUUGGCGGUGGACAUUCCCGAAAGCGUGACUCAGAUUGAGGAUCAUGCCUUCCGUGGCUGCAGCUCGUUGGCAGUCGUGACUAUCCCCAAUUCUGUCACUGUGGUGGGAGAAAGUGCCUUCUGA